UCUUUGCUUAUUCGUAUAAACAGUGGGUGACCGGGUCGGCAGCGCGUAAUUCCACUCGUCUCACAAUAAAUAAAAAAAUCCUAAUUUAAACGUGUUUAUACCCAUAACAUCAUAAUUAAGAAAAUGUCUGAUAUCAAGGCAGAUAGUAAGAACGACAACAAUGUCGAUGAUAUACCCAAGGCAACGGAGGAGAAACCAACGCCAACGAAGAAUAAGCGAGGGGGUUCAAAACGAUUGUCGACGUUGGAGAGAACAGCUCAAGAGGGCGAGGCAAUUAUGAAGGGUCUAGACAAAACAGUCGUUGAGGUGGAGGGAAGGAGACGCACCCGAAGUUCAGCGCGUGGUUUGACCUCCACCACACCAUCUCCAUCGCCACCGAAGAAGGAAAAACGUGAGACAGUGUCGAAAUCAACGACUGGUAGUGGUCCUGGCACCGGUACUGGUCGUGGUCGUGGACGUCCAAAGCGACAAGACAAGAACAACGACAACAACACAGACGAGGAGGCAGCGAAUAACAAAAAUGAGAAGCACGACGACGAGUCGCCGAAGAUGGAGGUGGACGAUGUGAAGGACGACAAGGAUAAGGACGGUGACAAGAGCGACGAUAUUGACAAGGAUCAGUCGGACUCAAAGACACCCGAUACAAAUUCCAAGGAUGAAAAGUCAACGGAAGAGUCGGAAAAUUCAGCGGAAGAAUCAAAAGGAGGCGAUGAUAAGAAGAAGGAGGAGAUCAAGGACAGCUCGGACUCGAGUCAAGAUGCAACUGAUGCCACUGGUAAAACCGAGACUGCAACGGAGUCACAAAAUCCCUCCAAUCCAAUUACUGAUGAGAAAAAGGAAUAACCUUCCUCGCGUUAAUUAUUUCUACCAAUAAUCUAACCGUGUAAGUUUAUUUUCUCAUUUUCAGUUGAAUUAUUAUGAUUGGGGUUUUAUCACGACUCAUAUAUUAUUUCGGAGUGAUUAGAGAUUAUUUUGUUGAUUGGGUUGAGAGUUUAAAAGAAAGUGGGCUGGAUUAUUCGGCGAUUAUCUCGGUAAUUUCACUGUUCUGGGGUAAAUGUCGAGAGGCAUUUUUACCUGGAGUCGUUUAUUCUCGAGAUUGAUGCAUAAUUGACAAAAUAUUUCAUAAUUAACUCUUAAUAUUUCUGAAUGCGUCGGUUUAUUUACGAAUAGUCUCCAAAGUGGUGGAUUUUUAUGGAAAAAUUGACAGUUAUCUGCGGAUUUAUUGAGACAUCACUCUUUGAGACAUUCUGUAAUUGGAGGGAGGGAAAUUCAGCGAGUUUUCAAAGUCCGAGUUGUUGGAGUGAAAUUUAUCGUACAUUGAAGGUUGAUUAUAGCUAAAUACGAGACGAGACGAGAGUAUAAUGAAUUUUCAACGUACGAAAAAUGUCAGAUGCAAUAACCCACGACUUAAAACUCGUGGUGAUGGGUUUUCCUCUUGAUAAUCGACGAUAGAUGAGUGAACAUGUUUUCAAGAAAGUAAAAAAUUAUAAAUAAAUGAUGAAUGUUUGAAAUCUGAGUGACUCCACUUGUCCCCAUGUUCUCCAACCGUGAAAUAUAUUAAAUUUAAUUAUCAGCAGGUACCAGGGCGGCGCACACAUCGGGACACUCUAAAAUUCACGUCCCAACGUCUUUUUAAUUUUUAACAAAAAUAAAUUAUCAACACCCUCAUUUGCUAUUCUCAAUCAUCGAACAAUCAGCGCAUCUGAGUUUCUCCAUAAAAUUUUCCACUUCACUUCGGUAUUGAAUGAAUUUUUUUUGCCACCAAUUUUCUCUCCUCCUGAAUAAAUGAUUUUUUCAAAUCAAAUGAAUUCUAGUGCGCUGUGCUGAUUGUUACGGGAGCAUAAUGAGUACUGCGGUGUUGAUCAUACGUUGUUCAUGUACAUUGAUAAUAUUAUUGUAAAAUAUAUUUAAUAUGGACUCGUAGACGAAUUGUAACGAAAUUGAAAAAAAAAUCAUUGUGAAGUAAUUUAUAAAUAAAUCGAGCAGUAAAAUUUGAUUUGUCGAGGAUUUUUAGAUCAGUAGCUACAUGUAGCUAAAAUAAAUUACAGGAUUAGAGAUGCAAUAGAUCAGUUGAGAGAUAUAAAUUUUAUUUUAUAUUUUUAAAGGUACCAUAUUAAAUAUGUUAAUAUUAUUGUGUAUCUGGACGGUUGUGAGUGUACAGAUAGAUUAUAUCGAUGGAUUAUUCAUAGUAUCCACACUUGAUGAGACACCGACUAUAUGAUUCAGUAAAUUUUCAACAUUUAUUGUAAUAUUGAAAGACAAAACUGUAAUACGGGUGGAAGGAGGUGGAUUGCAAAUGAAAUACGGGGGAUGUAGAUUUGCGUGGAGCCUUGCCCGUUAUUUUAUCAUCUGCAGUGAGUACUUCUUGACAUUUCACGUGAAUCUAGUUAUUCUGGAGGCAUUCGUGAAUUUAAUAUAAAAAUAAUGGAAUGGGGGCUUAUUUUAAACUUAAAUUUAUAAACUUAAAUAUUACGAAACGAUUUUACGAGAAAUUACACUCAAAAUUUUGUGACAUUUUUUUUUUUUAAUAAUUGCUUUCGAUGUAUUUAUCUUUUGAAGUUACGAUUGAUUUCCUGUAAUCACCUACUUCCACCGUUUUUCCAGUAAAAUGAAUUUGUUAUUCGUAGAUCGAUAUCUGGAUCGACAUUACAAAAAACUUGCAUUUCCGUAUUUUGAUAAAGUCGAAUGGCCUCGGGGUAACGGUCUCUCGUUACCUCAAUAACUCGAGCAUCAAAUUGAUCUCUUCAUUAAUGUACGAGGGGUGCAAUAAAAUAGGAUCUCGUACGCAAAUUGCUAAUCAUUUUUUUUUUAUUCUGAAUAAUCCAAUAUUAAAUAAAACACCAUUACUUUGUGUUCGUAAUUCGGAGGGCAGAGAGAGGUUGAUUGAGAGAAACAAGAAAAAAUGCCAAAAGAGAGAUAAAAAGACGAUUUUCUAUCUAGUGAUAAAGAUUUUUUCGAUAACGAACGAUGUAAGCCGAGACUUAAUUAAUGAUUGGUUUGAAGAUCAUAAUCUGUCCAACGGUGUAGAGAGAACAAUGGUAAGUCAGUGUGUCUCGUUCGGUGCGGCUUAGAAUCUAAAAAAAAAAAACAGUAAAAACGAACAAAAAGGAAGAAAAAAUUGAAAAAAAAAAAUUAAAAGAUCCUAGCGUUACACUUUAGAUAAAUAAUAAUAUGAACAUUAUUAAAUAUAUGAUGUUUUCCCAGUGUUCAGUCCCUGGGAAAACGAUAUGUGUAAUAAAAAAAUAUAUUAGCAUUUUAUCAUGAAUAUUACUAUUACUGAAAAAGUGAAAGGGGAAAUAAUUGGUAAUUGAUUGAAUUGAAAAUUAUACGAGAGCGAAAUAUGAGUGAGUCGUGAAUGUAAGGACAUGUAGUUUUUAUACAGCUCUAUCAAUUAUUUUUUCGCAUUUUAAUUUUCGUCGUUUAUCUAUCUCGUUUAAUAAUUUCACUGGAAUGGUAAUUGAGGUUUAAGUAGAGGAAUGAUAAAAUCUACGUAGAGGAAUAAUAAAGCAAUGACUUUUGCAAUCGCUCGUUGUAAUAUUUGUAUAGGGGUGUGUAUGGAAAAUGAAUACUAUGUACCUAGGGAAGAGUACUCUGGUCUAUUCGUAGUAUUUCUUUUCUCGCUCAUUUGGCUUUGGUGUUGUAGAGGAAUGGUGAAUAAUUUUUUUUUCAAUU